AUGCUUACAAUACUUCAUUUUAAUUGUCAAAUCUCUUCAGUCUAGCAUAUAUUUACACUCUAUGAUGAAUCAAUUGAAAUUAAAGGCCCAUAAUUUCUUAUGGAAAUAGAUAUAAACUAUAAGAUGAAAAUAAGAUGGGAUAUUACUGACAAAAGAAUAUUGUCUCUUCAAAUUAAAGACUUACUUAUCCAAGCUAAUCAGGAUGAUCUUUUAUAGUUAAAACAGCAACUUGAUGGAAGAGUAAUAUAUUUAGGAAUAUAAAAUAUUUAUGAAACAAUGGAAUUAGUUUCAGCAAAGGAGAAUAGCAAAGUAUGUUAACUUGAAGAUAGAUUGACAAAAACUUGCGUUUGUUGCAAGGCACUACGUAAAGAUGCCUACGACAUAGAACAAUUACAUCAAUCAAUAAGGAUUUUAUAUAAACUAUAGCAAUAUUCAUAUUUUCCUAGAAUUUAUGAAAUAUAUGAAUCAAAGACUCAUUUAUAUAUAGUUUAGGAAUUGAUGUUUUAACAUUUAAGUGUAGAUCUAAUGCAUGAAGAAAUUUAAAUAAUUAUAUAUGAAUUAUUAAAGAUAGUUAAAAUAUUGAUUGAGAAUAAAAUAUAUUACUAAAAGAUCAAGUUAUCAAAUUUAAUGUUGGACAAGAAAGGUAACUUAAGAUUGGUUGGAUUUUGUCCUGCUUAACAAAUUAAUGAAAUAGAUGUUGAAAAUUACUUAGAUAACGUUGGAAAUAUAAUGAUGAAUUUGUAUGGCGUCAAUGAUAACUUUAAUUCACUUCCUAAAAUUGCUGAUAAUGGAAAUGAAUUCAUUGUAGGAUUGAUGAAUCCUAAUCGUGAUUAUAGAUUUAGCUUUGAAGAUGCAAUGCAGCAUGAAUAUAUUCAAAAUAUCUUUUGUGAACCCAAUUUAAUAAUAAAGAAAUCACCCAAUCCAAAGUUAAUUACGGAUGUCGCCGAAUCUUCAAGCUCAUACACUAAGAAGAGUACUAGUUAUUAAAAAUAAUAUUGA